CUUCCAUCGGCACUUGGUCCGCCACAACUCAUUUGCCCUGUCACUGAUAGUCAGCUUUUGAGAGACCUGGGCCAUAUUCACUCCACAGUUGAUGCUUGGGUUUCACGUCUCGCAAUAACCCCUCUCCGCCGCCGUCCCCGACCGUGUCCCCUCAACAUCUUACCCCGCUCUUCUUUCCACACCGACAAACACUUGUCAGGUUCUAUCGCAAACAGACACACACCAUGGGAAGUCAGAAACGGAUAGCUAAGGAGCUCGCCGAGCUUGUCGAGUCUCCCCCGGAGGGCAUCGUGGUGAAGUUGGCCGACGAAUCCAACCUUUACACAUGGAACGUAUAUAUGGAUGGACCUGAGAAAUCUCCCUACCAGAACGGCAAAUUCCUACUCAACCUCUCCCUCCCCACCGAAUAUCCCUUCAAACCCCCUACUGUCUCCUUCAAAACGAAGAUAUAUCACCCCAAUGUGACCAACGAUGACAAGGGAAGCAUGUGUCUGGGCAUGCUUCGCGCAGACGAGUGGAAACCUAGCUCCAAAAUCCUGGCCGUCCUGCAGUUCGCGCGCCAGCUGCUAGCGGAACCGAUGCCCGAUGAUGCUGUCGAGGGACGGAUUGCAGAGCAAUUCAAAAAUGACCACAGUCGGUAUGAGGAGGUCGCGAAGGAGUGGACACGCAAGUAUGCCACUCUCUAGUGAGCCGCUGCUGCCUGCUAUCGGUUCAGCAGGUAGAUAGAUACCUUGAGGGGAGUCUGCGAGUUAAGAGUGAUACGAAAACGACGGGAGAAACACAGGGAACAGGGACCAAAAAGACAUGAAAGUUUCGGCUUGGCUAGAUAUAUAUAUGAUAUGAACAUGUUUGAGCAUCACGACUGCAUGGGAUGAGACUUCGUUAGCAUGAAAUUCUUUGUGGAAAAAAGGACAUGAAAUCAUCAUAAUAGAUACUAUAUGCAUAUUGAGAGCGGCAUUAAAAUAAGAAUCGGCAUCUUACUUCCGGCCGAAAUCCGCA